CGGAAGAACAAGAUGGGAGAGAGAUCAGAAGAACUGUUUCCAUGGCAUCUUGGUGUCUAUGAUGCGCACUGUCAUCCGACAGACACAGUCGCCAACAUCUCAUCAAUCCCGGAUAUGCAUGCCAGGAUCCUGACUAUCAUGGCUACACGUGCUCAGGACCAGGAGUUAGUAGCUGAUACGGCCGACAAGUUAGGUGUGAGGACAAAGUCUGAGCAAGAUUGGAGCUCAGAACAGAAAGUGAUACCGUGUUUCGGUUGGCAUCCCUGGUUCUCACACCAGAUGUUUGACGAGGAAACCUACCCCAACACCACAAGUCUUACUCCCGAGCAGAAGAUCGAACACUACCAAUCCGCCCUUACCCCAAGCCCGACCGAUCGCGACUUCCUUCUCGCUCUUCCCGAUCCCCGUCCCUUCUCAGUAUUCCUUGACGAAACCAAAACAUACCUUAAGAAGUACCCACUGGCAUUGGUCGGCGAAGUGGGCCUGGACAAGCAAUUUCGAAUUCCUGAAGCCUGGCUGCCAGGCCAAACGACCGAACGAGACGAAGCUCUCACGCCAGGUGGAAGAGAAGGGAGAUCUUUGUCACCAUAUCGUGUCUCCAUGGAACAUCAGAAAAAGGUCUUGUUAGCACAACUACAUCUGGCAGGAGAACUGGGACGUGCAACCUCUGUGCAUGGCGUCCAGGCUCAUGGUGUCGUGUUUAACACGCUUCAGGAAACUUGGAAAGGACAUGAGAGAAAGGUGCUCAGUAAACGCGAACGCAAAAAGCAAGAAGCUGCCAACCCAUCACCUACCAAAAACAAAGAUGAACCUGGAGAGGAAGAGAGGAAACCAACACCAUAUCCUCCACGUAUUUGCCUGCACUCUUACUCCGGGCCACCAGAAACAAUCAAACAAUAUCUGGAUCCACGAAUCCCAGCAAAGAUAUUCUUCUCAUUCUCUUCCGUCAUCAAUUUUUCGCAUGCAGGAGUUGCAAAGACCGAAGAUGCAGUCAAGGCAGUUCCUGACGACAGAGUCUUGAUAGAGAGUGAUUUGCACACUGCUGGCGAAAGAAUGGAUGGCUAUCUUGAAGAAGUGGUGAGAAAGAUUUGUGAGAUCAAGGGGUGGGAGUUGGAACAUGGAGUCAAGCAAUUGGCUGCCAAUUGGAAGAGUUUUGUUUUCGGUGACGAUUAG